AUGUUUGGAAUUGGUAAAUUUUUAUACGUUAUACUUCUUGUGGUCAACGGAAUCGCAAUCUUGAGUGAGGACCGGUUUCUCAACAGGAUUGGGUGGGGCAGCAGCGGCCAAAACACAAAUGGGUUUCAAUACCAGCAGUUUCAAGCAGGGGCGGGUUCCGACAACGAAUCAAUAAAAUCCAGACUAGUAAAUUUGAUAGGAGCAAUCAGAACGUUGCUUCGAGUCCCGCUCAUUGGGAUCAACAUCAUUGUCAUACUCUACGAACUCGUGCUAGGAUGA